GGGCUUUUGUUAAUUCGUUUCAAUGCAUGAAAAUUUGUUUCGAGCCAGCGAACGUCCCUAAAAGUUCCGUCUUGAUCUAGAAAUUUGACAAGAUUUUAUCAUAUUCUAUGAUUUUCGUAAAACCAAGCAAAAAGCUGUUAUAACUGAUAUUUUCAUUUUAUGCUUGGUUACCUCUUCGUCAUACGCACCUCUGCCCACCUCCACAUUCUCCUCCUUUUUUUUUUGUUCAUAA